UAAAAAGAUGUCUGAAUUCAUUAAUAAUUGUUAAAGUUUCGAAGAUCUAUCAAACUAUAUUUAAUGCCAUAAUGAGGAUUCAUAGCCACUUAGCAUUUGGAAUUUUUAAGAGAAUUUAAACAAUGAAGAAAAGUAUUAAUCAUUUAAAAUUUGCAAGUACAACUGAAAUGGAAUACCUUUUUGAUUUAAACAAAAAUGAAGAUGUGAUUAUGGAGAGCGAUUAAGAAGAGAAGUAAAUUUUAUUAUAUAAGAAUAGAGAGAGAAUAAAAGAGAAGUUGGAAAAUGUAUUUAGAAGAUAAGUGAAAAUGGAAAAGAAAUAAAAAUUUUAGAAUGAGUGUCGUUACAUAAUUGGAAAUGCAAUAAAAGCAAUGGAAAGUUUUGGAUUACAUUAAGACAUAGUAAAAUAUUAUAAGAGAGUGGCUUCAAGUAUAAUUGGAUUUUAAGCAUUAAAAUAACAUUUGACAAUAAAUGAAAUAGAUUCAAAUGAAAUAGUUUAGAGAAAAAGAGUUUUUUAAAGUUAUUUAAUUGAAUUUUUAUAAAAAAAAGGUUGUUCAAUUUAAUUUAUAUUUAAUAGCAUCUUUGUAUAUAUUGAAAUCAAAGAAAAAAUAGAGGUUAAGAUAAUAUUUGUAAUAUAAAAAUAAGAUAAUGUUGUAUUAUGUAGCAUAUCCUGAAUAAUGGAAGAGAAAUGAAUUACCACAUUUUGAUUAGCAGUAACAUUGUAUAUCGUAACACCUAUUUGAUUGAAUUUGAAGAAGAUAAGUUGAAAAGCUUGGAUUGAUAAGGAA